AUGGGUUCCAUGAAUAUCGACCUGUCCAACGCGACGGUGAUGAAGGACGAGCAGGGGCGGCCCUUCAUCGUUGUCAGAGAUCAGGGAAAGAAGAAGCGCCAGCAUGGCAAUGAAGCUGUCAAAGCCCACAUCCUCGCCGCCCGCACCGUCGCCAACAUUAUCAAGACAUCACUAGGACCCCGCGGUCUCGACAAGAUCCUCAUCUCCCCCGACGGCGAUAUCACAGUAACAAACGAUGGCGCUACCAUUCUUCAGCAAAUGGAGAUUACGAACCAUGUUGCUAAGCUGCUGGUUGAGCUGUCAAAAUCACAAGAUGAUGAAAUUGGGGACGGCACCACCGGCGUCGUUGUCCUGGCCGGCGCUCUGCUGGAACAGGCAGCAGAGCUAAUCGAUAAGGGCAUCCAUCCCAUCCGUAUUGCCGAUGGUUACGACCAGGCUUGCGAUAUUGCCUGCGCUGAGCUAGACAGGAUCUCAGACGUGAUUGAGUUCGACAGGGAGAACACGGAGAACCUCAUCAAGGUGGCGAGGACAAGCUUGGGCAGCAAGAUCGUCUCGAAGGCUCAUGACCAGUUCGCCAAGAUUGCGGUUGAUGCUGUCCUGUCAGUUGCCGAUCUGGAGCGCAAAGAUGUUGACUUCGACCUGAUCAAGGUGGAUGGCAAGGUCGGCGGUUCGCUCGAGGACACGAUGCUCGUCAAGGGCGUUAUCAUCGACAAAGACUUCUCCCAUCCCCAGAUGCCCUCAGAGGUUCGCGACGCCAAGAUCGCAAUCCUGACGUGUGCCUUUGAGCCGCCCAAGCCGAAGACAAAGCACAAGCUCGAGAUCAGCACCGUGGAAGAGUUCAAAAAGUUGCAGAACUAUGAGCGAGAGAAGUUCGUUGAGAUGAUCCAGCAAAUAAAGGAUGCCGGCGCGAACCUUGCCAUUUGCCAAUGGGGUUUUGAUGAUGAGGCAAAUCACCUGCUCCUUCAGAACAACCUCCCUGCCGUCAGGUGGGUUGGUGGCCCUGAGAUUGAGCUGAUUGCCAUCGCUACCAACGGCCGGAUUGUGCCGCGCUUCGAGGACCUCAGACCUGAGAAGCUUGGUACUGCCGGUCUUGUUCGGGAAAUCACCUUCGGUACGACCCGGGAGAAGAUGCUUGUCAUCGAGGAGUGUGCCAAUACUCGGGCUGUCACCGUUUUCGUCCGGGGUAGCAACAAGAUGAUCAUCGACGAAGCCAAGCGCUCGCUGCACGAUGCUCUCUGCGUUGUGCGAAACCUGGUACGCGACAACCGCGUUGUCUAUGGCGGCGGCUCUGCCGAGGUCGCCUGCAGCCUGGCCGUCGAGGAUGCGGCUGUUAAGACUCCCGGCUUAGAACAGUACGCGAUGCGCGCGUUCGCCGAGGCUCUCGACACCAUCCCAAUGACUCUGGCCGAGAACAGUGGUCUAAAUCCCAUUGCCACUCUGGCCGAGAUCAAGAGCCAGCAGGUCAAGGAUCCGGCCGCCCGUGGCCGUGUCGGUGUUGACUGCAUGGGUACUGGCAAGAACAACAUGAAGGAGGCGUUUGUCAUUGACCCGCUCAUCGGUAAGAAGCAGCAGCUGAUGCUGGCAACCCAGCUGUGCCGCAUGGUGCUCAAGGUCAACAAUGUCAUUGUGUCCGGAUCUGGUGAGGAGGAAUUUUAA